ACAGCACGCCCGCUCUCAGCCCCUCACGCCGGGCCUUCCUCCUCCCCAGCCCAGCCUCCUCUUCCUCCUCCUCCUCUUCCUCCUACAGCCCCCUCUGUGGUGCGCCGGACCCCGACUCCCCCACAGGAUCCAGCUCCAGCAGAGGAAGCGUCGUGGUGUCCGAGGCCUCAGUGCGCUUCUCAGCGUCACAGACGGAUUCCUUUUCAGCACAGGUGGACUCCAUCCUGCGCGGGGACUUCCUGACACCCAUGGGUGCCGUGGGGCCCAAGAGGCUGUGCCUGGUGUGUGGGGACUUCGCCUCCGGGUAUCACUACGGAGUGGCGUCCUGCGAGGCCUGCAAGGCUUUCUUCAAGAGGACCAUCCAAGGCAACAUCGAGUACAGCUGUCCGGUGAUGAACGAGUGUGAGAUCACCAAGCGGCGGAGGAAAGCCUGCCAGGCCUGCCGCUUCAAGAAAUGUCUGCAGGCCGGGAUGAUGAGGGAGGGAGUUCGUAUGGACCGAGUGAGAGGAGGACGGCAGAAGUACAAGAGGCGUGCGGAGGCUGGUCUGAGUUCCUACAGCAGAGCGCCGUACAGUCACCCUGUCAUCAGCAGAAACAGGGUGAUUUCACAGCUGCUGCUGACAGAGCCUGCCCCACUGGCUGCCAAUCAGGACGAUUCGACCAAUGACGGCAGCCUGCGGACCCUGCUGACCCUCUGUGACCUCCUGAACCGGGAGCUGCUGGUUCUGAUUGGCUGGGCCAAACAGAUCCCAGGUUUCUCCGGGCUCUCAUUGGUCGACCAGAUGUCGCUGCUGCAGAGCGGUUGGAUGGAGGCGCUGCUGGUGGGCGUGGCCUGGCGGUCGCAGGGCGCGGCGGGGGAGGAGCUUGUUUUUGCCGGGAACCUGCGGCUGGACGAGGCUCAGUGUCGAGCCGCGGGAUUGGCCGAUCUGUACGAGGCGCUGCGUCACCUGACGGCAAAAUACAAGGCGAUGAACCUGAGCCCCGAGGAGGCGGUGACACUGAAGGCUGUGGCACUCGCUAACUCUGAUGCCGACCAAGUGGACUGUCCGGACUCUCUGCAGAGGUUCCAGGACGGGUUGCACGAGGCCCUACAGGAGUACGAGGCGUCCCGUAGGGAGCAGCACCGAACGGGCCGGCUGCUGAUGAGCCUCCCUCUGCUGCGGCAGACGGCCGACCGAGCCGUGCAGGCCUUCCUGCGGCUGCACCGCCGCCGCUGCGUCCCCCUCCACAAACUGCUGCUGGAGAUGCUCGACGCCAAGGCCUGAACACCAGAGACCUUCACGAUCUGCAUCAUUAUGGAGG